AUGCUGAUAUUUUCACAGGGUUGUAAGAAGGUUCUUGUCAGUAGAGUUGGCAGCGGUCUUGUUGAAAGACCAGGGUAUACCUUUGGACUUUUCCAACAAGUAUUGGCACAGCGGUGGGUUUCUCAAUCUGCGGAUGUUACGGAAACACCGUUGUCGAAAUAUGACGAGUUGGUAAAGCUCGGAAAAUUAAGAGAUGAUCCGUAUCAGCGGAGUAUCAUCAAAUCCUUAGGUCAUUUGCACGACUCUUUGGUUUCGUACAAUCCGGAACCAGUACAACCACCAAGCGUGCUAGAUCAAGUCGGCUGGAAAACAGGGUUUCUUGGGAAAUUAUUUGCAAGGAAAGAGAAGUAUUCGACGGAGGGUGUUCCUAAGGGUAUAUAUUUAUACGGUGAUGUAGGAUGUGGAAAGACGAUGUUGAUGGAGUUGUUCUAUUUGACAGUUCCUCCAGCUUUGUCAAAGAAACGUAUACAUUUCCAUCAGUUCAUGCAGUAUGUGCAUAAAAGAUCUCAUGACAUUAUAUCCGAACAAAAUUUCGAUGCUUUGGGUGAAGCUAAGGGAAGAGAUAUCGACCCAAUCCCAUUUCUAGCGGCAGAGAUUGCAAACACUUCUAGAGUGCUUUGUUUCGACGAGUUUCAAGUGACGGACGUGGCAGAUGCCAUGAUUUUACGGAGGUUAAUUACUACAUUGCUUUCCAAAGAGUACGGUGUUGUACUCUUUGCAACGAGUAACAGAAAGCCAGAUGAUCUUUACAUCAAUGGUGUUCAAAGAGAAUCGUUUGUUCCAUGUAUUGAACUGAUAAAGGAAAGAACCGAAGUGGUAUUGUUGGAUUCUCCUACCGAUUAUCGUAAGAUUCCAAGACCAAUUUCAUCUGUUUAUUACUAUCCAAGUCAUAAUUUAUCCUAUUUUUCAAAAGAGUGUGAAUUGGCGAGGAAAUUACACGUACAGCAAUGGUAUAGUUAUUUUGCCCAACUGCAUCGUCCCAGUAAGUCAGAAAAUGGCCAUGACAUUGUAUAUAACUAUCCAUUGACUAUCUGGGGUAGACAAUUACUCGUUCCUAAAUGUACACCUGGGAGAGUAGCACAAUUCACCUUUAAACAAUUAUGUGGAGAACCUUUGGCUGCUGGUGACUAUUUAACUUUGGCUAACUCAUUCAAGUCCUUUGUUGUCACAGAUUUGCCAUACUUAACCAUAUACGUACGUGACGAAGUUAGACGGUUCAUUACAUUCUUGGAUGCAGUUUACGAUAACGGUGGUAAAUUAGCUACCACUGGUGCAGAUGACUUCACCUCACUAUUCGUGGAACCAGAAGAUAUUGUCAACGACUAUGAGCUUAAACCAGCAGAUCAAAUGAAACAUGAAGAUGAACCUGAAGUAGAGGAUGAAUUGGUCAGUAAACACGGAUUUUCUAAGGAUAUUGCCAAAAAAGCACAGAUUUUCGCAUUAGAUGAAGAACGGUUUGCAUUUGCAAGAGCCCUAAGUAGAUUAUCCCACAUGAGUUCAACUGAUUGGGUCGAAAAACAGUAA